AUGACUUCGUGGAGUCCUGGUUCCGAGUGGUGGCGUCGUUGGCUUGAAGACGGGAACUCUUCUCUCUACGUAAAUAGAAGUCAAGAUGUUCUGUGUGCAAAUUGUAUUUCUCUUCCUGAUACAACAGCAUGCAUUCGAUCAGUUGCUGUUGCUUUACUAGCGAUUUUGACCGCCUGGGUUGCGUUUAUACGGAUUAUUUUAUUACACUCGAAUCAGCCAUCUCAUAUUCGUUUGCUGCUGUAUUACUUACUGUGUGUUCAUUGCAUAGCAGGAUCUUUCGAGUGGUUGCUAGGAUGGAACACUCAGUUGGCUUUAUUUAUUUCAUAUAUCAAAGCUGUAGAGCUUGUUGUUAUUUGUUAUUAUUACUUAGACAUUGCCUCAAAAAUGAUGCAUUGGAGCUCGGCUGCUGGAAGAAGACUGAGCUUUAUAGCCUUAUUCCUAAUGUUCACUUUUUUCACGAUGUUUCUUGUCAUGGGCUUACUCCUAUCUAUUGAACCCUGGACCGAUUGCCAUGCUCCUUACUGGAUUUGGUUCUCAGCCGGAGAAUUCGUUAUUGUUCAACUAAUGGUUGGAUCGUUUCUGUUGAUUUUAAAGCGUAUGAGCCGUAUUUCUGCUUCGUCGAACAUUCAACGUGGUCAGCGAAAUGAGUUAUUGAACCUGUUUUGGACUUUUGAAACUUCCGCCUUGGCUGAUUUAGGGUAUCAUAUCAGUUUGUUUAUGUUAGCCGAUGACAACAAGGGCUGCAGCGGUGUUUUUAAGCAUGACCAAGUCAGAUAUACUUUGUUGAAAGUACCUUAUGACCUGUUCUCCUUCCUUAUACCAAUCUGGGCGAUACUAUAUGUCUUCCGUCCUGGAUUGAAACGUAGAUCCGAUAGCGCUGAUUUAUCAACGGAGAUUUUCAAUGACUAUCCUUCAGUUGUUCCUAUAGCUAAUGUAGUGGUUGUGCGAAAUUAUAGACGACGAUACAGACCACUGACUCAGCCCACAGUAGAUGAUGUUCCUGUAUUACCAGGCAAUCGAUCAAGCCGUAAUCAGGGGGGAACGCGAUUACGCACUAGCUUAUCUUCACCAUCAAUACCAGCUGCUAGAAGAGUAUCAGUAUCACGCAGCUUAGUGAGCAGCCCGUUAUACAGUAUCCCUGAAGAAAUGUAUCACCACUAUGCUGAUGAAGAGGACGCAUUGGUUGGUUCCUACGAUCGUUGUUCGAUAGCUCCCCAAAUUGGAGAGUGA